GUUAGCGUGUAGCGGUGUGUUUACUACUAUUUGAAAUAAGGCAAACAACUCGUAUAAAGCUUAGAAGUUUAUCGUUUUAGAAAAUCUUCGGGCUGUGAAGUGAACAAAAGUGACAAAUAAUAUAACCUUCGAAUUGUGAAUUUAAUUCAUUUUACACUUGUAUCGAUAUGGAAGCUCCAGAAUUUCGCGAUUUCGCCAAAUCUAUGGUUGAUUAUAUAGCUGAUUACUUGGAAAAUAUAAGAGAUCGUCGGGUGUUACCUGAUGUUAAGCCUGGUUAUCUAAGACCUUUGUUACCUGAUACGGCUCCAGUGAAGCCAGACUGUUGGGAAGAUGUUAUGAAAGAUAUUGAAAGAGUUAUAAUGCCCGGUGUUACACAUUGGCACAGCCCAAAAUUUCAUGCCUAUUUUCCCACAGCUAACUCCUAUCCGGCGAUUGUGGCUGAUAUGUUAAGCGGUGCUAUCGCUUGCAUAGGCUUCACAUGGAUUGCUAGCCCUGCUUGCACUGAACUGGAAGUUGUGAUGUUGGACUGGUUAGGUAAAAUGUUGGAUUUACCUGCCGACUUUUUAGCUUGCUCGGGAGGAAAGGGUGGCGGUGUUAUACAAGGAACUGCUAGUGAGGCUACAUUAGUUGCAUUACUGGGGGCGAAAGCUAAGAAGAUACAACAGGUGAAAAAAGAACAUCCAGAUUGGGAAGAUCAUAUAAUAGUUUCUAAACUCGUCGGCUAUUGUUCAGCUCAAGCCCACUCCUCUGUAGAACGUGCCGGGUUAUUGGGUGGCGUUAAAUUGCGUUUAGUGCCGGCUGAUGAAAAUAACCGUUUAAGAGGAGAUGCUUUAGAAGAAGCCAUUAAAAAGGAUUUAGCUGAUGGACUUAUACCAUUCUAUGCCGUGGUUACUUUGGGUACUACGAAUUCGUGUGCUUUCGAUUGUUUGGAGGAGUGCGGCACAGUUGGCAAUAAAUACAAUGUUUGGGUUCACGUUGAUGCUGCUUACGCUGGUUCCGCUUUUAUUUGCCCGGAAUAUAGGCACUUAAUGAAGGGCGUUGAGACAGCUGAAUCUUUUAAUUUCAAUCCUCAUAAAUGGAUGUUAGUGAACUUCGACUGUAGUGCUAUGUGGCUGAAAGACCCAAGUUGGGUUGUGAAUGCCUUCAACGUGGAUCCGUUGUAUUUAAAACAUGACAUGCAAGGUUCCGCUCCCGAUUACCGACAUUGGCAAAUACCUUUGGGUCGCCGCUUUCGUGCUUUGAAAUUGUGGUUUGUUUUACGUUUAUAUGGUAUAGAAAAUCUUCAGGCUCAUAUAAGACGUCAUUGCAAUUUUGCUAAGCAAUUUGAAAAACUAUGCCUAACUGAUAAACGUUUCGAAAUUGUCGGGCAAGUGAAUAUGGGUUUGGUUUGCUUCCGUUUGAAAGGCAGCAAUGAGUUGAAUGAGACUCUUUUAAAACGUAUUAAUGGUCGCGGCAAUAUACACAUGGUUCCCGCUAAAAUACGCGAUGUUUACUUUUUAAGAAUGGCUAUCUGCUCACGCUUCACCAAACCGGAAGAUAUUGAAUAUACCUGGAAGGAAGUUAGCCGUACAGCCGACGAAGUUUUAAAGCAUUAAAUAAAAAAAAAAAAUAAAAAUUCGAUGUGAUACUAUAUCCGUAUAAAAAUCUGGGACCAUAAACGAAUAUAAGCUCCAAACUGUUUAGGGAAU